CGUGUAUAUGUCUGUAUGUCGCCUGUCGUCGUUGGGCAACGGAGCACCGAAGAGGACGGUUGUGAGAACUCUUGCUUCUGCAGCAGAAUGCAGUCGAUGAUGAUGAUGAUGGCAGGAGGCAGACGCACAGCAAGCAAGCGAAGGAAGCAAGCGAGCAAGGCAACCAACCAAAGAACAGCGGCUGACUGCACACACGGGCACACGGACUACACUGCCCACGCGUGUUCACGACUGCUUAAGCGCUGUGAUUGUUUUUAUUUUAGGACGUGCGCAACGCAGAGAGAGGGGGCGGCGGGUGAGCGAGCGAGCGACAAGGGACUCAGGGAGGAAGGAACACAAGAACAACACGGCCUCCGAGGCAUCACGAUCGUUGUUUGCCUGUCUCCUCAUCACACCAGCAGGUGCACGGCAGGCCAGUUGGUUUGUUGGGUGUCAUUUUGGGUCAGCAGCAGCUAGCAGACGACGGCAGCGAAGCACAAGGCCACCCCCACGACCCCAACAACCAAUCAACCAAGCAGCCUGCAACCAAUCAACAACCACAACCACACCAUAGCCACAACCUCAUCACAGCGAUAUCAAAGGAACCAUGCGGGACGGAAAGUGCGCGCCUGUGACGCGGCGGCUUAGGGCAACCGUUGCCGUCAUCACGCUUUGGUGUGUGGUGGCUGCAAGCAUCAUCGUGGGCAUCGCGCAUGCAGACCAAACCACAGGUAUCAGCACAAACAUCACAGGCAGCAGCAGCAGCAUUAGCAGCAGGAGCGUGGAGGACCCCAGCGCCAAUGCGGAGUAUGUGUUGGGGGUGGUGAACCGCACCUACUUCUAUGGGGUGACGCGGCCAAUGGUUGACCGGCUGCUGAACCGGUCCAGCAUCCCGCACCUGAUUGACAUCCUCGGCAUGGGAGACACGUUUGAGUUCCAGGACAACACGGUGGUGUUCCUUGGGUACCUGUCCAACGACACGGACGACGCCGUGGCUGCGCUUCGCUCAUAUUGGUCCGCCUUCACCACGGCAACCACAGCCGCUGCGCGCCGCUCCGUGCUGCUCAUCCCGCACGCGCUGAGCCUGAUGAUCCAGCUGCGGCAGUCCAGCAAGGCGCGCGACUUUGCGCUCGAGUUGAUGGCGCAUCUGGAAGCGCCGGAGCACAGCGCCAUCCACGCCAUCCUGCCCCGCAUCUCCGCUCGCCGCAGGGAGCAGGCGGAGGCGGCCGCGUCCAUCGUCAAGCAACUGGUGCGCGGGCUUGCGCUGGACAACGAGAGCGCGGCGAUGGUCGGGUUUGAGCAGGUGGUGACGGCGGCGGAUGCGCUGCCGCCCAAUGACGACUUGACGGCCGCCCUCGGGCUGCUCACCGUCUCGCUGCAGCGAGAACUGGACCAGGGCGUGCAACGCGACCUCACGCGCCAACAAGACCAUGGUGAUGGGUUCUUCUCGUUCUUUCCUCGCAAGACGAACAAUGACAACGCCAGCAGUGGGAGCAACAAUGACGACGACGACGACAGUGUCUACAGCGCCGCGCAGGGCGACGAGGCCAUCCUGAUGUCGUGGUGCCAACACACCGCCAUCACGGAUCCGUUUACAGAGGAGGUGGUGACUGCCGUCACCCACGACAUGUCUGUUGUCACCGCGCAGGCACAGUCAGACUUUGACGUGCCGUGCUGCAUUGGCUUUGCAAACGCAGGCCAGGGCGUGGCGUUUGCAUAUCGCCUCCUGCUCCACCUCUACCCACACCGCAUCCUCUACACAGAGAUCUUCUAUGAAGACUUGACAGGCCCACAUGGCAAUCAUUACUUCCGCGCCUUGCAGCACCUGCUUGGCAUGAAGCCCACCGCCCUCAACACCGCGGGCCUCGUGCGCGUGCACCCGGGCCACUGCAGUGCCAAGAUCACCAACUGGCCCGCGCUCCGCCGUUACUUUCUCAAGCACGGCCUCCACCAGGCCGUCCGCGCGUGUGAGCUGCCAGCGGGCAAGAUCUAAGGCUUUCGUGCUUUCGUGCUUUCUUGGCUUCGUGCUUUCGUGUUGUGUUAUCGCUUCGUUGGCUCGGAUUGAUUGCAUAUCGUGUAGCCAACACACACCCACACAAACGCGCGCGCGCACUGUUGUUACACAUCUAGGGCUUGCUCUCGCGUUGUCGCCGUCACUAUGUAUUGUCUCCCUCACGUGUUGGUUCAUCCCUUGUGUCGAUGGAUACGAACGCUCAUUGCCAGUGUAGUUCUGCCUUGUCUAUGUUGAUGUGUGUGUCCAAAAGCAUGAUGAACUGAAGAAAACGUCUUCAG